AUGGACCAGGGCCGUUCAACAGGUGCCCAGCAGCCCGAUGGGCUGCGCGAAAGACUUAUCUCACGCCCUGAUUCAACUGAGGGCCGCGAUGCUUUAACUGCGACCGGAGAGCUUGAGGCCAAGGAUGACGCCGGCAAGGACAAGAAGACCUUUGGCCGGACCCCGGAUGGAACAGCUCCCCCGGCCCCCCGCCAACUACCUGCCGCUUGUGGAACUUCCCCCGCUAACCCGGAAUCCGUCGCGUCGUUAGUGUUCACGGUGCCCCAGACCCACGACAUGGUUUCUCAACUGCUGUCGCCAUCUGAGCCCAAGAACGUGGGAGAUCUGGUGGUGAUAGCCCUGCUGGCCAUUCACAUCCUGCUUCUCUGGUCCCUUCCCGCGGGCGCCAAAGUCCCGGUUUUCGCUGUGAUCUACCUGUUCUGGCGGGCGGCGUACAAUGGAGGUAUCGGGUGGCUACUACACAACCAGUCGCACCACAAAACAUUGAUUCGAUGGGCGGAGAAGACCAAGGUUUUCGUCAACCCGGCCUCGGGGGACAACCCGCACCCGGCUCUUUACAAUUGGAUCAAGCGGGAGCUGGAGACCAAGAUCCCGCAGGAUUACUCGUUCGACAGUGCCCCUAUCGAAUACAACACCUGGCUUGUAUUUAGGCGUCUAGUGGACUUGAUCCUGAUGUGUGACUUCACUUCUUACUGCCUCUUUGCGAUCGCGUGUGGUCACCGUCCUGUGGACGAGAGUAUGAUCAUGACCGCCCUUCGGUGGACGGCCGGCAUUACCCUCGUGCUGUUCAACCUCUGGGUUAAACUAGACGCUCACCGAGUAGUCAAAGACUAUGCCUGGUACUGGGGCGACUUUUUCUAUCUCAUCGACCAGGAACUCACCUUCGAUGGCGUCUUCGAGAUGGCCCCCCACCCCAUGUACUCGGUCGGAUAUGCGGGCUACUACGGCAUUUCCCUAAUGGCGGCCAGCUAUCAGGUCCUGUUCAUCUCGAUCAUUGCCCAUGCAGCUCAAUUCGCGUUUCUUGUGCUCGUCGAGAACCCUCACAUCGACAAGACCUAUAAUCCGCCCCCACCCCGAAAGCGCCCAGUCUGUGUUGAUUCGACCUCCAACCUGCCUUCGGAUACGGACACUCCAUCAGCGCCCACUCCGACUGCGCCUACCCCGACUUCUCCGACUGCGCCUACUGCGUCUGACGACCUUGCUCCCAAUGCGUCUUUCUCGUACUCGGCCAAGCCGCCCCCUUCGGUGCACAACCUCCUGGGCCUGCACAACUUGGAUUUGUAUAGAACUACGGAUUCGUCCAUUCUGCUCAUCCAGCUGCUCGUAUUCGCAGUCACCGCUUUGACACCCUCCACCCUGCGGUAUCAGCUUCUCUUCGUGGCUUAUGCCGUGGUGUGCCGGCUGUGGUAUUCUGUAGGCAUUGGAUACCUGCUCAACAACCAGUCCAACCGCAAGGCCUGGACCCGACACUUCCUCAAGUUUGGUGAAACCCCGCAAGAGGCGUGGAACCAAUGGAAGGGCACCUAUCACCUCAGUAUGAUUAUGUGCUACUCCAGCUUUAUUGCUGCUGCGUGGAAAUUGUAUACGUUCCCGACCGAUUGGGGCUAUGGCCUGGUGUUGUUCCGCCAUGUUCUGGGAGCUGGGUUGAUAAGCUUGCAGAUCUGGACCUCCGUCAGCAUCUACGACUCCCUCGGGGAAUUUGGUUGGUUCUAUGGCGAUUUCUUCUUUGAUGAGUCUCCUAAGCUCACCUACGAUGGAAUUUAUCGCUUCCUGAAUAACCCGGAGCGUGUUCUGGGCCUCGCCGGUGUCUGGGGUGCCGUGCUCAUUACGAGCAGCGGGGCAGUGACCUUCCUGGCUCUGUUAAGCCACAUUCUGAGCUUGGCUUUCAUUCAGUUUGUGGAGCGUCCGCACAUGCAGAAGCUGUACGGCCGUAGCCUCCGCCAGGAUGGUGGUGUCGUCAAGAACCUGAAGAAGUCUCUGCCGCCGUCUCUCAAGCAGCUACACGGAAGCGUCGAUAAGAUGUUCGAUGAGUCAUUCGAGUUCAUCGAAGAACUUCUCGACAAUGCUCGCCCGAAGCUCGCGGCCGGAGUCAACACGUUUGUCAAGGAUACCACCGCUUUAUUCCAGAAGUAUCCCGCUCGCAUCACCAUCUCCCGUAUUGAUGCCGAUUUAGCUGGCCUGGAUGUCUCCAACUACUCUCUGUCUGUUGAAGGCACCGAUUCUAAACCCCGCGAUGAGAGCGAGCAGGGCAAGGGCCGUGAAGGCGCUAACGCGCGCAUGCCCCUGGACCGCCGAGGUGAUCUCAAGAAUCUGACAUUCGAGUACGGUGCCCCAAUCAAGGUUAAGUGGACCGCGCCUCUCAACCAUAGCAAGAAGGACUGGAUCGGCCUCUACCGGGUCAUCGACAACACCUCGCGAGAGGUUACCCGCGUGUCAUCCCAGGGCCGGUGGAUCGCCACCAACGAGGGCUUCUACGACAACACAACUUGCGAGAAGGGAAUUGUCACCAGUGACGUGGUUGUCCGUUCCACUGAACAGAAGGGUCGCGAGGGCCACGACCUUGCUUCCGGCGAAAUCGUCUUUUCUGGCGACAAGCUCUUCUGGACGCAGGGUACCUUCGAGCUCCGCUACCACCACAACGGCUUGCACAAUGUCAUGGCUAUCUCUAGGCCGUUCGAGAUCCUGAUCCGUCGCUUUGAUGAGGAGAAUGUACUCGCUGACAGUGACGAUAUUGUGCAAACUGCCGUUGAGCGCGCUCUAUUGCCGGUUGUCCGCAAUUGCUUCGACCGCGACCCUGAAAUUGCGCCAGAGAAUGUUGAGGAGCAGUUUGGCAGUCUUGUCGAGCGAGAUGGCAAGUUCGCUAAGCGUGUUGUUUUCGCUGUCCACCAAAUGUUCGGAGUUGAGUUGGCGCCUGAGGUGGUUAAGGCCGAUGGCAAUGUUCUGAAUCUUGCCUGGAGGAUAUGUAACGCCAAGAAGGUUCUUGUUCCCUACAGCAUGUCCCGCUCGAACGGCACCACAACGCCAAUCGAGGGCAAGCAAUAA